AAUUGUGCAGGGUAGGCAGCUCGUCUCAGCGAUUACCAGCCGCAGACACAAGAGCACCUUGCUGUGAACUUGUAACAGGUUUGAACUUCGAAGGAAAAGAUAAUUUUGGUGCUGUGAUUGAUUUCACUGUGAGGAGUGAAAUGAGGCUAAGUAUUGGGCAAGUCCAUCGAAAUGUUCUUGCGCUGGCAUCUUCUCGGUCAUGUUUUGUUCUGGGAGAUCGUGUUUCGUUCAGGAUGCUGUCCCAACCACGGGUAGCUGGAUUUCAUCAGACUGCUUGGCGUGGUAGUCAAAUUUUGGAAGAUAACAGGGGAGGACCAUUGACUCUUGCUAGCCUAGAAGUGCAAAGCAGGGUUGAAUAUGGAAAAAAGGGGAAAAUGGAACGAACUGGAGGUCCAAAGCCAAGUUCAAGAGCUUCUUCCCUCUAUGUGAAACCAAAGGUUUCUUCAAAUGUCAAACCAGCAAAGAGUGCCUUGAUGAAGCCAGCUGGGAUAAAGAAGACACUGAAGGUAGAUGAGGCUCUGUUUUCGGCCAAGUCAUUUGAAGAACUUGGUUUGCCACCUUUGCUUGUUGACCAGUUGAACAAGGAAGGUCUGACUGCCCCAACUGAGGUCCAAUCCGCAGCAAUUCCUAUAAUAGCACAAAAGCAUGAUGUUGUGAUCCAGUCAUAUACUGGCUCAGGGAAAACUCUUGCUUAUCUUCUUCCAAUUCUUUCUGAUAUAGGCCCUCUGAAGAGGACUAUGGAACAAGACCAUUCUGAGAAAAGAUCAGGUAUAGAAGCAGUCAUCGUUGCUCCUUCGAGAGAAUUAGGAAUGCAGAUUGUGCGAGAAGUGGAGAAGAUUUUGGGUCCUAAUGACAAAAGACUGGUCCAGCAACUUGUUGGCGGAGCUAAUCGUUCCAGGCAGGAAGAAGCAUUGAAGAAGAACAAACCAAUCAUUGUUGUCGGAACACCUGGCCGUAUUUCUGAAAUUUCUGCAGCAGGUAAGCUACACACUCAUGGCUGCCGUUUUCUUGUACUAGAUGAAGUCGACCAGCUUCUGUCUUUUAAUUACCGUGAAGAUAUGCAUAGAAUUUUGGAGCAUGUUGGAAGGAGACCUGGAGGCACAUCUAGGGAUAUUCUUGGCCCACUUGCGAGACGAUCUGAGCGUCAGACUAUCCUGGUUUCUGCAACAAUACCAUUUUCAGUUAUACGAGCAGCAAGGAGUUGGGGUCAUGAUCCAGUUCUCAUUAGAGCUAAAAGUGUAGUUCCACUUGAUUCAAUCACUGUGCCAAGGCGCAGCACAAGGUUGACACAUUACGGAGGUGCAUCCAUGCUCUGGAAGCACAGACAGUGAUUGCAUUUAUGAACAACACCAAGCCACUGAAGGAUGUUGUGUUUAAGUUGGAGGCCCGUGGUAUCAAAGCCACUGAGCUACAUGGAGACCUUGGAAAGCUUGCAAGGUCGACAGUUUUGAAAAAGUUCAAGGAUGGUGAAUUCAGAGUUCUCGUUACGAAUGAGCUGUCUGCCAGAGGACUGGACGUGCCAGAAUGUGACCUUGUGGUUAAUCUGGACCUUCCAACUGACUCCACACAUUAUGCUCACAGAGCUGGAAGAACUGGACGUCUUGGGCGGAAAGGGAUCGUGGUCACAAUAUGCGAAGAAAGCGAGGGAUUUGUUGUAAGAAAAAUGCGCAAGCAGUUAGAUGUGGCCAUCAAGCCAUGCGAGUUCACUGAAGGCGAGCUUGUUGUCCACAAGGAGGAAGAUGUGGAAUAAAAUCUUCAUAAUGCACAUGACUACUUCUUUUUACCUGUAGCGUUUUUGCAAUAGUUUCGUAUUUCAAAAUGCUGGCCUCUGGCCCUUUGCUUGUACUACCGAAUUUUCAUACUGUCGGGGUUAAAGUUUUUGAAUCACCUUGCU